UUAUGUGCAACCGACUAGUACAUAUAACAAAACAAAAACCAAUAGCCACUGAAGAAUGCAAACGUUUGAAUCAAUGGCUCGAAACCCCGACAGUUUCAAUGUCAAGGGUGAGCAGCAUAGCUACCAGAGGGUAUAUAAACCGACGCGUACGCUCAAUCUUCAUACUCGUUCAUUUUGCAACCGCUUAGGAGCCAUCUUUUAGCAUUUUUUUAACCACCCCAAGAUAUCCCCAUCAUGGACCGGUGGGUAGGUAAGGUAGCCGUUGUGACCGGUGCCAGCUCCGGUAUUGGUGCCGCCACUGCCAAAGCCCUCGUACGUGCCGGCAUGAUUGUGGUCGGUCUAGCCCGGCGUGUCGAACGUAUCGAAGCGCUGCGAAACGAGCUGCCAACCAACGUUCCCGGCCAGCUGCAUGCCAUCCGGUGUGACGUCAUGCGGGAGGAAGACAUCCUUGCGGCGUACGCUCAAAUCGAGCGCCAGUUCGGUGGCGUUGAUGUGCAGAUCAAUAGUGCGGGGAUUGCGCACCAUACGGUGCGCAUACUGCAGCCGAACAACACGCGACCAUUGCGCGAUAUCGUGCAUACGGAUCUGCUCGGGCUGACCCUGUGCAGUCGGGAAGCGUAUCUAUCGAUGCAGAAGCGCUCGGUCGACGGUCAUAUUGUGCAUCUGAACAGCAUUACCGGCCACUCGAUACCUCCGCUCAACACGCUCAACAUCUAUCCGGCCGUGAAGCACGGUGUGACGGCCCUGACGGAAACGAUGCGCCAGGAGUUGCGUUUUGCGGGCAGCAAAGUUAAGGUUACGAGCAUUAGUCCAGGGUUGACCAGGACACCCAUUAAUCCCAACAGUGACACCUACACGGGACCGAUCCUCGAGCCGGAAGACAUUGCCGAUGCAAUACUGUACGCACUCGGAACGCCACCACGGGUACAGAUCCACGAGUUGACGAUCAAACCAGUGGGUGAAGUAGAAUGAUAAGAGUUACAAACUGAAGAUCUGUUGGAUAACUCUCAAGAUGAAGCAAUGCACUAUUGCCCAACUUUGUUGAAAUAAACUUUCUA